AAGGGAGGGAGGGCGUCAGGUGUCAUUACGUCACGCAGGUAAUGGUGAAAGGUGUGGUGGUGAAAGGUGCAUUCACUGGCUGGUUUGAAUUGAAAGCACGAAGCGGUCGAGCUGGAAAAUCUGCCCGAAACACACCCGCCUGUAGAAACACAGUGAAGUUGGACGGAUAUCAACGCAGUCUGGAAGAGCUCCCGUAGGCCUUUACUUGUAUUUAUUUCCUCAUCUUCGCAGUUUACGCCGGAAAAAAAAACUGCGAAAAAAUGAGUAAAAUUUCGAAGCUGUUCAAGGGAAGCUCGAGCUCGAGCUCAUCGAGCUCAUCGAAGUCCAAACACCACCGGUCGCGCGGGGGACCGUCCCCGCAGGAGGCCAUCCACAAACUGAGGGAGACGGAGGAGAUGCUGACCAAGAAACAGGACUACCUGGAGAAGAGGAUAGAGCAGGAACUCAUGAUAGCCAAGAAGAAUGGCACCAAAAACAAACGUGCUGCCCUGCAGGCCCUGAAGAGGAAGAAGCGCUUGGAGCAGCAGCUCACCCAGAUUGAUGGCACGCUGUCCACCAUCGAGUUUCAGAGGGAAGCUCUGGAGAACUCGCACACCAACACAGAGGUCCUGAAGAACAUGGGCUUCGCUGCUAAGGCCAUGAAGCAGGUCCACGAGAACAUGGACAUCGACAAGAUAGACGAUUUGAUGGCUGAUAUCACAGAGCAGCAGGACGUGGCCCGUGAGAUCAGCGACGCUAUCUCCAGGCCUUUCGGCGACGAGUUUGAUGAGGAUGAGCUGAUGGCUGAGCUGGCGGAGCUGGAAGAGGCGGAGCUUGAGGAGAGCAUGGACAGAAUGGGCGGACUACCCAGCGUGCCCAGCUCCAGGCUGCCUAAAGUACGGCCCAGUCAGCGCGCAUCAACCAAGAAAAGAGCAGAAGAAGAAGACAAUGACAUGCAGGCGCUGGCAUCGUGGGCAAUCUAGCUCCAUUAAAGUAGCUUCUCACUUGGAGAAACAAACACAAUAUAGGAAGAGGUCUUUCUUUUUAUACUAAUCUUGAAGGUUUUUAGGGAAAAUGAAGAGCAUUGUAAUAUUUUUUGAAUGAGCUUUUUGCCUCUCGGCUCGUAACGACACUUUACAGUUUAUAUUUAUCAAGGAAUUGAAGUGUUGUUGUUUUUUUUUUAAUUGAAGGUAUUGAUAAAACAUUUAUUUUCUGUUUUCCUUUCUUUGCUGUAAUCAUUCUCUCUUAGCCUGUACAUAGCGCACUACUUUGAAAGGACUAAUGAAGACAGAAGGAUGAUAUGAGGUCAUGUUUGAACACAUGACACAGAAUUACUGUAUUUCUUACAGCUGUAAAUAAAGUCUGAUUUUAGCAGUGACAGUGUAAAUAUAUUGCUUUAUCAACAUUCCACAAUAAAAAACUCCCUGUGUGUUGUCAAAUAG